AUGGCGAGCGGCUCACAAUCAUUCUACGAGCUUUACCGCCGUAGCAGCAUCGGCCUUGCACUGACGGAUACGCUCGAUGAUCUUAUCAGCGAGUCGCGCAUCCACCCGCAGCUAGCCAUGAAGAUCUUGGGAAACUUUGAUCAGGCCAUCACUGAAGCGCUACAGAAGAACGUCCGAAGCCGUCUGCAGUUCAAGGGAAGCCUCGAUACGUACCGACUUUGCGACGAAGUGUGGACAUUUCUUAUCAAGAAUGUCACGUUCAAGAUGGACAACGGCAGCCAGACUGUCCAGGCCGACAAGGUCAAGAUUGUCAGCUGCAACGCUAAGCGUCCCGGCGAAGGCGCGUAG